CGCUGUUGUUUCUCUUCAGGAAGCUUUCUGCAUUCGAUUUUGAACAGUUUUGUUAAAUGCCAUACACGUAAUCAUGAAUUUAGGAUUGACGUUACUUCAAAUUUUGGCCCAGGCAAGCCAAACACCGAAUGCUACGAACUCGGUUUCUUUGUUGUUUCAAACAACUAGGUUACCACCGGUAGCAGGAGUACCAAGUCGAAUCAAUACGGGAAACACGGUGUUACGAGGGUAUCUCAGGGCCGGACAUUCGAGAUUCGUAGAGGGUUGUAAUCCAACAAGAAGAAUUCCCUGUGGCAGAUUUAACGUUGGGCCUACUACUCGGGAGAUGUGCCAACGUUGGAACUGUUGUUGGAAUCCUAUACAUUCAGUACCAUGCGCCAAGAAUCAAUACUUCGUCAUCAGAUUGGCGAAUUCAGAUCCUGAUUUCGGAAUAUGUGGAGUACCCCAAGCCUCUCUACAGCAAACCAACACCGCAGUCGUGAAUCCACCUUUGCUACCAUUUGCUCUGAGUGCAAUACAAUCCAGAAUCAUAGGUGGAACGGUAGCGGUUGACGGGAAUUGGCCGUGGCUUGCUUACAUAUACGAGCUGCAAAAUGGAAUUGCGGCUGGAGGUGUCUGUGGUGGUUCGUUGAUCAAUGAUCAGUGGAUUGCAACUUCAGCUCACUGCAUUGGAACAAAUAAUCCAUCACUAUACGGAGUUGUCCUAGGGGAACACACCACGACGAUCUCAUCGGGAAACGAGAUUAUAUCGACAGUGGCUCUAAUUAUAUUUCACCCGAGUUAUAAUCAAAUAACUCAAGACAAUGAUCUUGCAUUGAUAAAGUUGUCUCAGAGAGUUGUUUUUACCCGCUACGUCCGCCCAAUAUGUGUGGUCCCACCAGGAACUAUCACUGAUAACAACCUCACACCGACAUUUGCUGGCCAAAUGUGUUUGGUAGCAGGAUGGGGCUUUACGUCAUCGCCCGUUGGUAUGAGAAGCAACAUUCUAAUGCAAGCCACGCUCCUAAUUCAGCCCCACUUACUAUGUACCAACAUUGUUGUACUAAAUGGGGCAGAGUAUUUAAACAAAUUUGUUCUAGUCGGUGACGCUCAGUUCUGUGCAGUAGGAACUUCAAAUAACCAAGAUACCUGCAAUGGUGACAGCGGGGGGCCAUUGAUAUGUUUGCACACUGAUGGGAAGUACUAUCUACAUGGUGUGACGUCUUAUGGACCUUCGACUUGCGGACAAGGAAACAAACCAGGAAUAUACACGAGGAUUGGUGAUUUCGCCUCUUGGAUAGCAACCACUGCAGUUUGAAAACUUCGUACAAAAAAGGAUCUGUCAGAUACAGAACGUAAUUGUUCUUUUAUGCGGGUGUGUGGAGAAAUCUAACAUGACGAUCACGAAGUGCAUUUGCCCGACACAUAUUUAUCACAAUACAAGCUAUAAUAUAUUAUGACUUCUAUAGCCUAAUUCAUACUUUUUAUUUUUUCCUGCGUCUAACACAUCUUUUGCGUUACUUUUAGUGCAUCCUUAUCUACAUCGUUAUUUAAUACAGUCGUUCUACGUUGA